UUUUUAUGUAACAAUUAGCUAGUAUAAGUGCAUGUGAGAGUAGGGAAGACACGCACGUAAAACGCGUGUUUUACGCUGUGUUUUACAUUUCCAUUUUCAGCCUCGCAGCGCUGUUGUUCAGUCGGUGUUGUGUCGCGACUUUCGUUUUUCUUACCCCAGUUUCUCUCGUCAUGCAAUCGUGAAAAACAUCGGUUGUCCCCACUCGGUGAAAAAAAAGUCAAUUUUUCUGUGAUAUUUUCCCUUUGGUGGUAUCAGAUAACUGUGUCGUGCUGGUGUAUCGAGUUAAUCAAGAGUGCGGGCUUGGAUUUACGUGCUGUUGAGAAAGUUUCAGACUCAGUAAUAUUCGGUCGAUUAGACAAUAUCAAAAAAAGCCGCAGAACUUAUAGGUCGACUGCUGCAGUUUACGAGGUUGUGCGACAGUAAUAACAAUAUCGAGCAGUAGCUAUAGAGUGGAGCGAGGAUGCUAAAUCCGGUGGAAGCGUUGGCGAGCCUCUCCGGCGCUUCACAGCCCGCAAUUCGGCUUAUACUAUCCGUGCUAGCGACAUAUCCUCUGGCCGCUUUUUAUAGAAACCUUAAGACUUCCACUACAGUUAAGAAUCUCUACAUUGCCAGCACUGGAAUCGCAAUAAUAUUGUUCAACUAUGGCUUCGACCUAUACCACAGCGCACUGGCAGUGGCCGUGACCUACUUACUCAACACGUUCUUCGCCACCAACCCUCUCCUGGUCCCGCUGAGUUUCGGCUAUCAUAUGGGUUAUCUCCUUAUUGGUUACUACUUCACCACCUCGGAUACGUACGACAUAAAAUGGACUAUGCCGCACUGCGUAUUGGCGCUGCGACUAAUCGGAUUGGCGUUCGACAUUUCCGAUAGCCACGUCAAAGUGCGCCAGAACAAGAAGGAUGCCCAGUGCAUCGGCGUGCCGUCCCUGUUGGAGCUGGUGGCUUUCACCUACUUUCCGGCGUCGGUUCUCGUUGGACCCCAGUUCUCAAUGCUGCGUUAUCAGCGCUUUGUGAGUGGUCAGUACGAGCCGCACACCGCCACCGCUCCCGCUUACUCCGCCAAAAAGCUUCUACAGGGAGCGUUCUAUCUGGUUGUGAACCAAGCUGGGUCGCAGUUCGUCUCCGAUCAGUAUCUGCUGUCGGCGGAGUUCGAGCAGGAUUCGUUCUUCAUGAAGCACAUCUACAUGGGGCUGUGGGGAAGAUGUGCGCUGUAUAAAUACAUCUCAAUAUGGCUGCUGGCGGAAGGCGCCGCGGUGUUGUUUGGUCUUACUUACAUCGAUGCCAAACCAGGCGAACGUGAAUACGAUCCGGACGAGCUGUCCGGAUGUUCCAACAUCAAGGUGGGCGUAUUCGAGAACACCAGCAAAUUUGGUCACUAUGUAGAAUCAUUCAAUGUUCAAACUAACCACUGGGUUGCCGUGAAUGUAUACAAACGACUGAAGUUCCUAAACAACCGCAACCUGAGUCACUUCGGUGCGUUGCUGUUUUUGGCCGUUUGGCAUGGAUUCCACAGCGGAUACUACAUGACCUUCUUCAUGGAAUUCAUGGUGAUUCGCAUGGAGAAAGAGGUCGAACCAAUCUUCCAGAAGAGCGAAAAGUUUCAAAGCCUUCUCCAGCAGCCCCUUAUGAAGAUAACCGUAUUUAUUUUGCUCAAAUUCUACACCAUUGUUUUCGCCGGUUGGUGUCUGGUGCCGUUCGUGCUUCUCAGCUUCUCCAAGUGGUGGCAUGUCUAUAGUACUGUCCGUUUCACCGGAUUUUUCCUAUUCCUGUUGGGUAACGUAGCUCUCAAACCACUGCUUCUACUCAUUCUACCUCCGAACAAAUCCACCGAUGAGGCUAAGAAAUCUAAUUAAUCUAACGUCUCAUCGAUUGGGAGUCAGCCGCCGGAUUUUUCCUCGUUCUUAACUGAUCUGAUCUUUGCAAAGCUUUAAAAGAAAAAGAAACAAAUAUAACAGUCGAGCUGAACGCUGCAAAGGGGGGGAAAAGGUGAUUCAAACAAACAAAAGACAUUUGAAUCCAUCCAACUUUAUUCGUUGGCCGUAUUAAGGACACUAGUUUAAGGGACUAUUAUUAUUUCCAUUUGCUUGUAAAAUCUCGACGGCACUCAAGUAUGAAUUGUAGUUUUAUUGUAAACAAAUAAUGGUUCGCAGGAAACCAUAGGUUCAAUUAGUACAUUUACAGCGCUCGGCUACCUCUUGCCCAUCUCUUCUUAACCGUCACAAGGACUCUGAAUGAGUCCUUCGGGAAUAUAAAAAUUAAAGUUUCUCAACCCGUAUUUAUCAUAAUUCUUGAAUCGUGAGAGUUGAAUAUUAGAAGAAAAUAAGAGCAACAGUGAAAGACGUAGUUUUCCAAUGCAAUGCGGGAAAGUAUUUAUUUUGUUAACAAACAAAUAACACGUAGUGACCGAAUCGAUGAGUAUUUGAGCGUAAUUGUAAGUUAGAGAAGAAAGAUUGAAACAAUUGGGCAACAACACUAGGACUUAAAAAAAUGUGAGAAGAAAACACGCAAUUACUUUUAAAUAACAUUCAAAUAAAAAAGUGCUAGUCAGAGUUUAUGAGUUUGAUGAAA